AUGCUUAGACAAAACGUUGAAAUUCCUAUUAAUCCUUCGAAUCCUUCAUUAAAACUUGUAUUUGAUAUUCAUACACCACGUCCACAUUUUAUUAUAAUUCAACAUACACAAAAUCGUAGAUUACAUGCAACUGACAAUGAUAUACAAGAAAUUAUGCAACUUACUAGUGAAUUUCUUAUUUCAAAACCACACUAUGAUAAUAAUACUAUUCUAUCAUUUCAUCGAGGUAAAUGGUAUCAAAAAAAUAUAAAAUAUUUUCAUGCACAUUUAUAUGUACCAAAAAAAGCUUAUUGUCAAGAUGCAAAACUAAUGAUUACAUCAGAAUCAUGUAAUAAUAUUUGGUCAUCUUCAACAGAUUAUUUAGAACAAUUGGAAGAAGAUUUAAUUUUCUUAAAACAAAAAUAUAAUCAAUAUCGAGAUAGAUGUAUAUCAAUGGCAUAUCUAUGUUUUGAUGAUCCUGUUUCAUAUUACAUUCCACUUCAUCAAUUUAAUACAUCAAAAUUUACACUUGUUUUUUUAGCUUCAACACCACGAAUUGGUGUUUUAGCAAAGAAAACAGAUAUUAAUUUAAAAUAUUUAUAUUUUUUUAUGAAUAAUUUUUAUUCAUUAGCUCAAAAAAAACUUUCAUUAAUUAAUCCAUUAUUUGAAAAUUUCGGUGCACAUUUAUGUUUAUAUGUUAGUGAGAAAAAGAAAGCAAAUUCAAAUUUAACUGAACGUACUGAUAAAAUUUUAAUCAAUACAAUGAAUAAUCCAAUAAAACUAACACGUAUUGUUGGUUAUAUACAAAUGGAUGAACAACUUUAUCUUCGUUGGCUUCCACCAGUCUUUCAUCAUAUAUGGUUGAAAGAAUUUAAGAAAAAUCAACAUCUCGUUGUUACUUAA